AUGAAAAUGCAAAUUGUGAACGAAGUGAGCUCUCCACGAAAACGCCUUCGAAGUGCCCCCGCAAAUGUGCCCGAUUUCGGCAUGAACGAAUCAUAUGAAGGCAGAUCUGUGAAUGAUAUAUCCGGAAUGAAUACAACAGACAAGAAACUUCCGAAAAGCCUCGGCUUUGAUUUGUUUUCACAAUUUCCCGAUUUUGAAGCAUACCGUUCUCUAAAUGCGACAGCGGUUAAUAUCAACAGCUUGUCGCGUUGCACGGAAAUAAAGGAAAGAACACGAGGUGGAACUAACAAGCUUUGCAUUCGCUCAAUGCGAAUAGCAAAAGCAGGACUAAGCUGCUGA